AUGGCUUACCAACAACUAGAACUAGCCAAGCGGACAAGUACCAAAGGCAAGGUGCCUACUGGUUACGCCGACGAGAUUGUCAUCAGUGAGACAGCCUUCCGCAACGCCCACCGAGCAGUCGAAGCAAACCACGAGCCGCCGACCAAAAAGCGCAAGAGAGAGGGGAAAGGCGACAGCAGUAUCGUCUACGGUGCGGGCGCAUACAAGGGACCAUGGGCGCGUUAUGAAGUCGAAAGACCUGACGACAGUUCAGGCAGUGAAGAGGAGGUCGAGGUCGAGUACGAGGAGGAUGAGAUUGCGCCGCAGCCUGCAGCUCCGUCAAAGGCUGGCACUGCAUAUGUUGAGUCGGAUGGUUCGAAAGAGACGACCGAGUUCCAUGGAAGCCAGCAGUACGACUACCAGGGCAGGACAUACAUGCAUGUACCACAAGAUCUGGACAUCGAUCUACGGGGCGACCUGCCAGACGACUACAAGAACUAUGCGCCCAAGAAGUUGCUCCAUACCUGGAAGUCACAUACCAAGGCCAUCACUCAAUUACGCUUCUUUCCUGAUGCUGGACACCUGCUGCUCUCAGCUUCUGCCGACAGCAAGGUCAAGAUUUGGGAUGUCUACCACCAGCGAGAGUUGCUGCGUACUUACUCUGGCCACACGAAGUCUGUGUCGGAUAUCUGCUUCAACUACGAUGGUUCUCGCUUCAUGACAGGCUCCUUCGACAGACAGAUGAAGCUCUGGGACACCGAGACUGGCCAAUGUAUCAGCCGAUUCAGCACUGGUGCCACUCCUCACGUUGUUCGCUUCCAACCUGAUCAAAACUCGGCUACCGAAUUCCUGGCUGGUAUGAGCGACAAGAAAAUCGUCCAAUUCGACACGAGGACGCCUGGAGAAUCACCCAUCCAAGAGUACGACCACCACUUGGGUCCAGUCAACACAAUCACCUUCUGCGACGAGAACCGUCGUUUCAUCACCACUUCAGACGACAAGAGUUUGCGCGCAUGGGAAUAUGGUAUCCCCGUGCCCAUCAAGUUUGUCGCUGAACCCUACAUGUUCCCUAUGGUACGCUCAAGUCCACACCCAUCUGGCAAAUACGUCGCCUUCCAGAGCUCAGAUAACCAAAUCGUCGUCUAUGCAUCUACAGAAAGAUUCAGACAAAACAGGAAGAAGAGUUAUCGUGGGCACAACAAUGCCGGUUAUGCCAUUGAUGUGGCUAUCAGUCCUGAUGGCGGCAUGGUUAUGUCUGGAGACAGCGGCGGUUACGUGUGCUUCUAUGAUUGGAAGACGUGCAAGAUGUGGCAUAAGAUCAAGGCGAGUGAGUCUGCUGUUGUCGCUGCACAGUGGCAGCCCAAGGAGACAUCCAAGGUUGUUACGGGUGCUUUGGAUGGCUUGAUCAAGUACUGGGACUAG